AUGGUCUCUUUCACCAAGCUUUUCACCGCCGGCCUAGUCGCCACCUCGGCUAUGGCAGCCCCCAUGGAGGUCAAGCGUUUUGCUACACCCCCAGCCAACAAGCGUGGUGCCGCCUACAAUGAUGUCGCUGCCGUUGAUCCCCUCGCCAACAACGGCGGUAUCUCAUGGGCCUAUGACUGGGCCGGCUCCAUUUUCGGCAUCCUGCCCUCGGGCGUCGAGUUCGUUCCUAUGCUCUGGGGUGCAAAGGACUUUGGCGGCUGGAUCACCACCAUCGAGACCGCACUUUCCAGCGGCAGCCAGUACAUCCUAGGAUUCAAUGAGCCCGACAUGCCCUCGCAGGCCAACAUGAGUCCCGGUGACGCUGCCAGCUUCUACAAGACCCACAUCACUCCCUUCGCUGGCCAGGCCAAGCUCAUCUCGCCUGCCGUGACCUCCUCCACCAACACCGGCAUGGGUCUGAGCUGGUUCGAGUCCUUCAUCGGCAGCUGCGGCGGCUGCGAUAUCACUGGGUUGGCCGUUCACUGGUACGGCAACACUGCCGAUGAGUUCAAGUCCUUCGUCACCCAGGCCAUGGACACUGCCAGCAAGUACAAUCUGGAUGAGCUCUGGAUCACUGAAUUUGCUCUCAAUGCUGAUGUCAAUGGCUCUUCCGAUUUGGCCACAACUACUGCUUUCCUCAACGAUGUCAUCCCGUGGUUGAACCAGCAGGAUGGUGUCACUCGUUACUCAUACUUCAUGGCUGCUGAUCGGUACCUGCUCAGCGGCAACACCCUUAACCAGGCUGGCCUGGCAUAUGUCUCCCAGUAG